AUCAGCAGAAAUGAGCACGCUUCAGCCCGCCAGAUCAGACAGAAUUCUCCUGUCGCCAAAAUAUUGAAAAUGCGGAUAUGACCAAUGACCAUGAAGCCCGAAGGAUCCUGCCCACUUGCCGCAAGCUGCAAUGGCUGGUUCGCUCGCUGGUCGGGCUGUUAACCUGAGCCUGCUAGCCUGAUGUGCUAGUGCUGCAAAAUGUAAAAAUGAAAGCUCCAUUCGAGAAUAUGAGAACUCUCGAAAGACUCCUCCAUCAGAGAGCGAAAUCAAGGAGAGGAUGUUACUUUCAAUAUGGAUAGCCCUUCCAAUGCUUUUCAUAGUGACCAGGAAAAUACUCAUUUUAAACUGACAGACGAACCCCUGAACGAGUAUGAUGUGCAACACGAGUUCGAUUCUGAGAGUCUACGAGUUCUUGAGGUCGUGAGUGAAGGCAACGAAGACGAGCUGCUGCGCCUUCUAGACAAUGGUGUUGAUCUGAGAGCUGUAAACGGCGAUGGACUCACAGCUCUUCACCUAGCGGUGGUAAACGAUCAUGAGUUGCUGGCAGAACUUCUGCUCAAGGCCGGUUCCAACGCGGAAAGUGCCAGUCAUAACGGAAGCAAGCCUUUAUAUAUUGCGGCGGAGUUAGGAAGUCUAGCCCUUGUCAACCUUUUAUUGCGAUUCAACGCCGAUGUCGAAUCGCACAAUGAUGAAACUGGAUAUACAGCAUUUCACCAGGCCCUUCUAAAUGGACACGCCGGUGUUGCCAUGGCCCUCCUCGAAAACAAAGCCAAUAUUGACGCAUUAACUCCGGAUGGGCACACGCCAUUGUUCAGUGCCGUGAUGCACGACGAUUUGGAGAUCACUGAAUUCUUGCUAGAUAAUGGCGCCAAUAAAUAUUUACGUGAUGAUAAUGGCGAAACAGUGGACAAAUUAGCAACGAGCGAUCAUAUGCUUGAAUUGCUUCGAUCGGAUAGGGUAUUGCAUGGCCCGCCAAUUGAAAGGGGCAGGGAGAAACCGGAAAUUCAUUAUACGGUUCCAUCUCUUCCAACUGAGGAGACCGACAAAUUCAAUUCUUGCCAGGGAUUUCAAGGCACUAUUAUUGACUUUUUUCUUGAAGGAACGGAGAAGAGGAUCGAGAAGACAGCGUCGGUUUAUGACAUGCUUUACGGCAAAGGCCCGGAAGCAAUUAUGAAUUCCGCAAAAAAAAGUAAGAUGGACAAGCAAGCAAGCUUUAGGUGGUAUCACCUACCCGCAAACAAUAGCUUCCUCUACUCUUUCAUCUUAUAUGAGGCCAUUGUGUCGAACAAUCAAGGAGGGAAGGAGCUGUACACGACGGUGAACGACAACAUUCAAAAGUAUCGCAAUUUCGUCAUGGUAGAAUCAGACCCGGGGCGAGACUCCAGUUGCUCCAGUUCAGAAGACACCAAGGAGCCUUCUCACUCUCGGAACAUUUUUCACGGGGGGAUGGAUAUACUGUCAACUAUUCGUACUCUCGGAAGUAAAAUUCUCCAAAAGUCGGGUCACAUUGUUAAGCCACCACGAAAAUCAUCAGACCAUGAAGACGACCUAGAAAAAGGCGGGGGCACAACAAGUGCUAAGGAUGAAGGUCAACCCGCAGAAAAGGACGCACUUGAGGCAGAGCGAACAAAGCUUGGCAAGGAAUAUGAGUUUCAAAAUAUCGAUUCUGGUGAUGGAAAUGUGCGUGAUGAAAAUAAAGAACCUAUGGAGUCGACACCGGCAGACAAAAUAGAAGAAGACAAGACAGGAUAUCCGAAAAUGCCGCCAAUCAAUAGAACAAGCAAUGAUACGCGAAAUUCUUUCCAUGUGGAAGAUUUAGCCCGACCAGGCACCGAUAUCCCAGCAAGGAAUACAGCAAGCCCCCAGGUCGCCGAACCGUUACCAUCCCCGAGCACUAAUAUUGCAAAAAACCAUUCGCAAAAUUCUGUAGCUGAAAAUUCGAAUUCCCCCGGCCGAAAAGCUAGGGAUAUUUCGACACAUAUUGGCCAGCCAGGAAAGGCAGAUGCGACUCUGGACCUCCACGCCGAGGAUGAUUCUGCCGCGAACCAAAAUACUGCUCUCCCUGUGACUGAUGGUUAUAAAAUUGAGGGAGACGACGUCCCUGCUAAUGCUGUGCCCGGAGGCACCGGAGGUGGAAUUGCUUUUGAUAUACCUGGGGAUGACGGCCAACCGGCAGAUGCAACAGCCAAUAGAACUAAAUCUGAAGGCACGAAACCUGCUAUACCCUUCGACGAGCAUCUCGUGAAAGGGUAUUUGUCUCCACUGAGCCCUACAGAUUCACCACUUCACCUAAGAAGAACGCUUGAUCAAUAUUUCUAUGCCCAUCUCACAGAUACUGCUGCAAGAGACCGCGGCCAGGUAGUCUAUCGAUACACGUUAAAGAAUUCUGCAGAGCCUAAGAUUUUCAUGGGGCAUGACCACUUUAGCCAUGGUAAGAUGAAGGAUAAAAACAAGAAUGAAUCGGGAUUUAUGCUUGGCUGGGUGACAGGGAAAAAACCGAAAUCGGGGUUUAGCAGAAAGGACUCGCAUAUUAGAACAGAACGAUGGAGGGCAUCAGUAAUCAACGAGGAACGGCAUCACCGAUCUCCGGCCAGUAGCAACGGCGGGUCCUCUAUCGAAAAGAAGCGUUUGGCAUUGCUCAAACGCGACCCCUUGAACGUUCACCAAAUGAUACUCAGCCACAUUGGGUUGAAAACGCGUGACCCUCUCAGAUCAGCUCACGAUCUAGCGCAGCUCAUUACCGGCUUUUGUAUAUGUUUAUUUGAUGAGUAUCAGGUCCCGGAUGAGUAUCAGUUUUUUGACUUCUUCGAACGAUCUAUUGGUGCUGUGAUUGACCAAGAAACGCAAUGUUUUGAGGACUUUGCAAAUAGACUGGCUCGAUCAAGCCUGCGGAUAACGCCCAGCUCAGAGGUCUUCAGCAUCAGCGCUGAAACAAAAUUGCUUGUCGAAAUCAAAGACAUCAUCGACGAACUUGGAAUUUUACACAUGAUCCUAAGCGACCAGACAAUACCUAUAGAGGAGUUUUCCAAAUAUUUGGUGGAGCACAAGAAACCUAAAAAUGCAAAUCCGAGUGAUGACCAUUCCUCACCAGUACGGUUUCCAGUUCUUGAGGGCCAUCUAUAUCGGGUUGAAAAAAUGCAACGGCUCGCGAACCAGACUUCCAAAGCCCUCUAUAAUCUUCUCGACUUGAAGCAAAAACAAAACAAUGUCUCUGAAGCAUUGUCCGCACGUAAACAGGCCGAAAAUGCCUCGCAGCAAGCAAGAGCAACCAAGGACCUUACCGAGCGGGGUCUGGAGAAUGCGGACCUUGCCCGCCAGCAAGCAGAUGAAUCCAUACGGCAAGGCAGAACAGUGCUAGUUUUCACCGUGGUCACUAUUAUAUUUCUUCCGUUAUCGUUUAUGGCUGCGUUUUUCGCCAUUAAUAUCGAUUCUUUCCCUUGGAAUAAAGGAGAUAAGCUCCCAAUGGAUUACGUCUUGAGAUACAUGUUCAGCAUAUCCGGGGCAAUAUCCAUCCCUUUUAUUCUGAUUGCAUUGAACCAGGAUCGCAUUGCAGAAUUUUUAAAGAGCCAUGGAAAACCAACGGCGACUGUAGUUUUUAUCGUUCUAUCGCUGGUAAUACUACUUUCAGUCAUUUGGACCAGGGAUCUGGCGCCAGGAAUGAAAGCGGCUGUGACUGUCUUCAUUGUUUUGUUGACAAUACUGGCUCUUGCAGUUCGCAGUAUAUACCCUUUGUUCAACAAGUUGCAUGCGAACGAGAGCAUUUCUACUUAUUCAUCAUCAUAUUCUUGAAUAGAUUGUUAGGUCAUAGCUUGAAACAUUGCAUUCUCAGAGUCCAUCUAGCUUAAAAAUUCCCAGACUAGUUGUCCCAGCAUAACUCAUAUAUUGACUUAAAAGAUUUGACUAAACG